AUGGGCCAAUCAGAUCUAGUCAAUGGAACAGAGGACGCAGUCCUCCAUGAUGGGAAUCAAGAGACCAGCCUGGGAAAUGACAGCGUCAACACUUACAAACCAGCCUUUGUGGAUGACAUCACCAAGCACCUAAGUGUUCAAAUAUCUCUUAUAUUAGCAUAUUCACUGAUAAUUCUGCUAGGACUUGUGGGCAACUCUCUGGUCAUUUACAUGAUCAUUCUUUAUAGAAACAUGCGUACCGUCACCAACUACUUCAUCGCCAAUCUGGCCCUGGCUGACCUGAUGGUGGACACGGUGUGUUUACCUUUCACCUUGGUUUACACAUUGUUGGACGAAUGGAAAUUUGGAGCAGUCAUGUGUCACAUGGUGCCUUAUAGCCAAGCUCUCAGCGUUCACGUAUCCAUUCUCACCCUUACCAUUAUUGCUCUGGAGCGCUACAGGUGUAUUGUUUUCCAUCUUGGUCAGCGACUCAAUCGAUGCACUAGCUUUAUCAUCAUUGGCUUGACCUGGGCGUUCGCUGCCAUACUGGCUGGCCCACUGGCCAUUUUCCGAGAGUAUCGCCACGAGGAAAUCCCUUACAUCGACUUACGGAUUGCGGUUUGCUCUGAGAAAUGGCCCAAUGGCACGAAUCGGGAUGCGGUCAUUUACAGUCUAUCGAUGCUUCUCCUGCAGUAUGUGGUCCCUUUGGCCAUCAUCAGUUAUGCUUACGUGUGCAUUUGGAUUAAACUGAAAAACCACGUCAGCCCUUCCAACCGCAACGAUGGCAUUGUCCGUCGGAAGAAGACCACUAAGAUGUUGGCUCUAGUAGUCGUGGUCUUCGCAGUUUGCUGGCUUCCUUUCCACAUGUUUCAGCUGGCCAGCGAUCUUGACUUGAUUCUCAAGUUCAAAGAGUACAAACUGAUUUAUACCUUGUUUCACAUUGUGGCGAUGUGCUCAACUUUCGUCAAUCCGCUGCUCUAUGGCUGGAUGAACCAGAAUUAUAGGAACGGCUUCCUCAUGUUCUUCCGCUGUGAGCACAAACCAGACUCAAUCUACCCUGAUGGCUCCUUCAGGACUCGAUCAUUGAGAGGGAUGAUUGUGAACGGGUACAAUGAUGGUCAGCCUGCGGCAGCUGUCUGA